UGUCUCUCGCGAUAGACACGGCAAGCACACAGCUCGUGGAAGGGAAGGUGUGGUGAGGACUCUCGCGAGACCUGAAGGCACCGCAGCCGCCGCGGCGGCCGGAGUGGAGAGGACCGGAAGUCCUUCCUCCCGAGCACCCAGUGCUGGAGGCGGCCUGACUUUCUUUCCCGGAAGCCCUGCUCCGGCAGCUGGGAAGACAGCCCACCUGUCCGGAAGUCCCGCCUCCUCGAGCGCCCCCACCCAGAAGUUUUUCUGUCACCUAUGUUUGCCUUGGUCUCCCUUCCCGAGCUUGUCCCUGUACCCGAGUAGGAUACGUUUAGUGCCUCCUUCCCCGCCCUCACCGAACGGGUUGGCUGCCCCACUCCCGGACCCGGGGUUCCUUCCCCGCGCCCCCAUGUAGCUGGGAAGCGGGGCCUGGGGGCGGUUGGACCCCUGGGAUCCUGAAGGAGAGGCGGAGAGGGCGCGCACCUCCGCUGCUGCUCCUGCUACCGGGACGCGGCCUCUCCUGCCGCUCCCCUCCCGCUGCCAUGCACCCCGCGGCCUUCCCGCUUCCUGUGGUUGUGGCUGCCGUGCUCUGGGGAGCGACCCCCACCCGCGGGCUCAUUCGAGCGACCUCGGACCACAAUGCCAGCAUGGACUUUGCAGACCUGCCAGCGCUCUUUGGGGCUGCCCUGAGCCAAGAGGGACUUCAGAGGGGAGUAUGUUCUGUAGGAGUUUGUGCUGCAGAAGGAGAUGUGAAGUGGAGCUUGAGAGAAAGGGACGUGGAUGAGUGGAGAAUUGGUUUAUAACGUGGGAGCCUGGAAGGUGGCAGGGUUUGAAUCGGCACAGAGUGUGGGGCGUAAGCCCAUCCGGUGCAGGGAGAGAGGUGGUGGGAGGUCUGGUCACGAGAUGCUGUUUGAUGUACCCGACUCGGGCGGGGCGCCCCCACCCCACAAACGAAAAGUGAGGGGCAGGGUAUGUGCAGCACGAGGGAGCCAGUGUGCUUGGUGGGCCCUUGUGGGGAGCGGACCCCAAGCGGGUGAAAUCCAACUGCUGUUUGCUUCCCUUCCCCAGGGCUUCCUUGUGGAGGCUCACCCGGCCAAUGCCUGCAGCCCCAUUGCCCCACCGCCCCCAGCCCCGGUCAACGGGUCAGUCUUUAUUGCACUGCUUCGAAGAUUCGACUGCAACUUUGACCUCAAGGUCCUCAAUGCUCAGAAGGCGGGGUACGGUGCAGCUGUGGUGCACAACGUGAACUCCAACGAGCUUCUGAACAUGGUGUGGAACAGCGAGGAAAUCCAGCAGCAGAUCUGGAUCCCGUCUGUGUUUAUCGGGGAGAGGAGCUCCAAGUACCUGCGCACCCUCUUCGUCUACGAGAAGGGGGCUCGGGUGCUGCUGGUCCCAGACAACAGCUUCCCUUUGGGCUACUACCUCAUCCCUUUUACAGGGAUCGUGGGGCUGCUGGUUUUGGCCAUGGGAGCAGUGAUGAUAGUCCGUUGUGUCCAGCACCGGAAACGGCUCCAGCGGAAUCGACUGACCAAAGAGCAGCUGAAACAGAUUCCCACGCAUGACUAUCAGAAGGGAGACCAGUAUGACGUCUGUGCCAUCUGCCUGGACGAGUAUGAGGACGGGGACAGGCUGAGGGUGCUCCCCUGUGCUCAUGCCUACCACAGCCGCUGUGUGGACCCCUGGCUCACCCAGACCCGGAAGACCUGCCCCAUCUGCAAGCAGCCUGUCCAUCGGGGUCCUGGGGACGAGGAACAGGAGGACGAAACUCAGGGGCCAGAGGGUGACGAAGAAGGGGAGCCAGGGGACCAACCUGUCUCAGAACGGACCCCGCUUCUGGGCUCCAGCCCCACACCUCCCACCUCCUUCGGCUCCCUGGCUCCCACCCCUCUGGCCUUCCCUGGAUCUCCAGCAGAUCCCCCGCCCGCCCCCUCCUCUUCAGCUGCCGUGCUGGUCUAAUAAUCCCCUUGCCCACCCCGCCCCCCCCCAGACCUAUUUGCACAGCCCCCUUUUCCUCCCUCCGGUUUCCUGGAUUGAGGGACAGGGGACAUGUCCACCCCAGGUUUCUCCCUUGCCCAACCCCAUCCUUUUGAAGGGGUUGAGGGUGUAGAGGGACUGGGUCUUCAUUUUCGGGGUUAAUAAAACAGUUUUUGUGAACUGA